AUGACCAAAAAAGCAUAUGAACAUUAUGAGGAUCUUGACGUGAAGCCUGUUCUUUCCAUAGUUGAGGAUAUCCUGAAACGUGGCAAACUUCUUGACACCGUUCAUGGAGCUCAAGUUCCACCACAUUCAGAGUCAUAUGAUAAGUCCUUUCAAAGUGCUUACCACGAUGCCGAGAUAGUUCAACUGUUGGCAUAUCCCAUAAACAAAAUUUCCUGGGAGAUAAUUUGCAAAAUUCCCUCUGGAGAAUCACAUUCAAUAGCCAUUGGACUUCUUGAAGCACUGUCAACAUACGCAUGGGAUGCCAAGGUGGUCAUUACCUUCGCUGCUUUUUCUGUCAGCUAUGGUGAAUUUUGGCUGGUCGAGCACUUGCGUGUGAAAAAUCAACUUGCCAAGGACAUUGCAGCUCUCAAAGAUAUACCUGAAAGGAUGGAGCAAAAUGAGGAAAUAAGAAAGAAGAUUGAUGCUGUUGCCAAUCUUUUACAGGCUGUACUGACCGUGACUCACAUCAUUAUAAAGUUCAAGGAGCUCCCCACUCAAUACAUUAACCGUGAUUCACCAGAAAUGGCAACCGCGACUGCUCACAUUCCAACAACUGUUUAUUGGAUCAUAAGGAGCAUUGUGGCCAGUGCAUCAGUACUCCUGAACCUUGUUGGCAGUGGUCAUGAGUACAUUACCUCAACUGCUGAAUCCUGGGAGAUAUUAAGUCUAGCUAAUAAGCUCUCCCACAUGUGUGAGCAUUUGCGGAGUCAACUGGAGAAUUUGAAUGGUAUUAUUGAGGCAAAGAAGAGAAAUGAUGAAUUUACUAAUCUGAGAAAACUCUUUGAGACAUCUCACAUUGACAACAUGAAGAUAUUAAGGGCAAUUAUUCGUGGCCGCGAAGAUCAAAUGCCAAUCUUCGAUGGGACUAGAAAGAUAACUGAACGCCUCGAUAUAUUGAGGAUGAAGUAUGUCUUGCUACUAAUUUCAGACCUUGACCUUCCCCACGAAGAGCUCAACGUUCUCCAUCUUAUUUACAACCAACAUUCAAUGAGGCAAGAAUACGAGGUUCUCUGGCUCCCCAUUGUUGACCAAGCAACAUCCAUGAGCCCAACACAGGAUAGAGAAUUUCUCGAUCUUCGUAGCUCUAUGCCAUGGUAUUCCGUGGAUCAUCCUUCCUUGGUUGAUCCAGUAGCCAUUAGGUACAUGCGGGAGAUAUGGAAUUUCAGCCACAUGCCUAUGCUCGUUGUCUUGGAUCCGCAAGGAAGAGUGUCAAACGUCAAUGCCUUACCCGUGAUGUGGAUUUGGGGAAGUGUUGCCUUCCCCUUCACUAAGGAAAGGGAAUUGGGACUAUGGAGAGAGAGUACCUGGAAUAUUGAAUUACUAGCAGACUCCAUUGAUCCACGUAUCCAGGAAUGGGUACGUACACCAUCUUUCACCCUAAAUUAUUAA